GGGAACAGAGCCCCACUCUCUAUCUGUCAGAUUGUGAUUAUAGUCCAAUUUACAUCCUCUUAUCAUGUCGUCCUGUCGGUGGUGUUGGGGCCUCAGGGACGGGGUGUCAUCCUCAAUUUCAACAUUAUCUUGGAUGAAAGACUACUACUGCGGGUACAUGCCUUUCUCGGUAUUCCUUUAAUUCACGGUCAUCUUCCUCAAUUUCCUUCGAUCGUUGUCCAGUCCUUCAGCCAUGUUUCUGGUCAAGACAUGGAGAACCACCUCAUUUUCCAUCUAUGGGUAUCUAAACUUCACCAAAUCAGGGUUUUUGGAACAUUCAAAAAAAUUCAAACCUGAAGAUAUGGAGCAACGAAUGGAAGCUAAAAACUGUGUGGUUACUGGUGCAAAUUCUGGCAUUGGCUUUGCAAUUACUGAGGGCCUUGCUUCACGUGGAGCAACUGUAUAUAUGGUGUGCCGGAAUAAAGAGAGGGGAGAAGCAGCGCUUUCCAAAAUUCAGUCAACAACUGGGAAUAAGAAUGUUUUCUUGGAAGUGUGUGACAUUUCAUCUGUUAGUGAUAUCAAAGCAUUUGCCUCCAGAUUUUGUUCAACUAAUUUGCCCGUUCAUGUCCUGGUAAAUAAUGCUGGACUUCUAAAGAACAAUAGAGUUACUACACCAGAAGGAUAUGAGCUGAAUUUUGCUGUGAACGUUCUUGGAACUUAUACCAUAACAGAGCUGAUGUUGCCACUCCUUGAGAAGGCUGCACCUGAUGCACGGGUGAUUACAGUUUCAUCUGGGGGAAUGUACACUUCCCCCUUAACGAAUGAUUUAGAGUUUAGUGGUAACAUAUUCAACGGUGUUGAACAGUAUGCUCGUAAUAAGCGAGUGCAGGUUGCAUUGACAGAGAAAUGGUCUGAAAUGCAUAAAGAAAAGGGUAUUGGCUUUUAUUCGAUGCACCCUGGAUGGGCAGAGACUCCUGGUGUUGCAAAUAGUCUCCCAACCUUCUCAAAAUCAUUUGAAGGGAAGCUCAGGACAAGCGAGGAAGGAGCAGAUACAGUAGUGUGGUUGGCCUUGCAGCCGAAAGAAAAGUUGGUUCCCGGAGCGUUUUAUUUUGACAGAGCUGAAGCACCCAAACAUCUGUUCUUUUCAGGCACCAAAAGCAGCUCGCAAUCUAUUAUAGACUCCAUCGUUGAAAAUCUGCGGUCUUUUGCUGGCCUUUCUGGCGUUUGAUGGUGAAUUCUUCCUACCUGGAUGUCACAAGACUGCAACCCAAGGGAUUUCAGGAUUUUCUACAUCCAAUUGCUUGCUUUGGUACAUAUACAGGAAACAGUUUGUAGUAUUGAAAAAAUAAGUGUGGGAAUGUUUGCUUUUGUGAAUGUUACUUCAAUGCUUUACCCAAUUGUAAUGGAGUUGUAAACGAAUCAGUGUUCCUAGAAAUUCCGAUUGCCUCAAGAAUUUAAUACCAGUUCUUGAGGCACUUCUCCGUGUUGCAGACUUGCAGCUGAUCUGGACUGUCAAGGAGCCUCAUAAAGUGGCCUUGGAGAAGGAGGCUGAAGAGCAAGUCAAGCCCCUAGAAAAGAAGACUACUUUCCCUUCUUCUAAUAAAUUUGUAAUGAAGAAUCGACAUAAGUCAAACCGCAAGCAUAAGAAAUCGAGUCACGACAAAAAUCGAAAUUGAAUUCUAGCUACUUGAUUUCAAGCUUAAGAUAAAAACUUAGAGUCAUUUGUAUAAUAUUUGGCUCUAGUGUAUAAUUCGACUAUAUCAAGAGGCUGUUUGGCAGCACUGUUUUUCGGCUUAUCAGGCUUAUCAGCCAAUUUUUUCACCAAACACGUAACUUUUACUUUCGCG